AUGCGUGGCUUACUGUGUCCCGCCCUCCUGGGGCUGCUUCUGGGAACGGGAGCCUCCAAGCUCGUCGUCCUUGAGCAGGUCCAGACGCUGCCGGAGCGCUGGGCCUUUUCCGGCGCGGCCAAAGACGACGACACCCUUGCGCUCAAGGUCGCGCUUACCCAGCCUCGCCUCGGGGAUCUCAAAACUAGGCUCCUGGAGAUUAGCACCCCCGGGCGCCCCGAAUACGGCCACCACCUCAGCGGGCCCGAGUUGAGCGUGUAUCAAGAGCACAGUCGCGCCUCCGAGGACAGCGUAUCGAGAUGGCUGGAGUCAAACGGCAUCGUUGACAUCCGGACCGAGGGCCAUUGGGUCAGCUUCAACGCAACGGUACGCCAGACCAAAACGCUCUUGGACACCGACCUGGGCUACUAUGCGUACAACGGCGGCGCGCCGGUGCUCCGGGCGCCCACGUACGCCGUUCCCGCAGAGCUCCAGGACCACAUCAGCUUCGUGUUCCCCCUGUCAAACUUUAUGGCACCUCCGGCGUCGAGGCUGCGGGAGGAGAGCAUCGACAGGCAGUUCUCGGCCCUCUCCAGCACGGCCGCCGACGAGUACCUCCAGUGCAGCAGGGGCGUGCAGCCCGAGUGCCUCCGCAAGCUGUACGGAAUCAACUACACGGCGCCCGACGCGGGGCCGUCGCCGUCGCGACUCGGCAUCGCUGGGUUCCUGGAGGAGCACGUCAGCAUGGGCGACCUCGCAUCCUUCAUGAAGUCGUACGCGUGGGACGUCCCGUCCGACUACAGCUUCGCCGUCGAGAGCGUCAGUAACGGCACCAACGACGAGGGGAACCCGGGCGUCGAGGCCAUGCUGGACGUCGAGUACGGGGUGGCGCUGGGCUACCCGGCCCGGGUGACGUACUACAUCACGAGCGGGCGCGCCGAGAAGAUCGACCCGGACGGCAACAAGGUGGUGCCCGGCAGCGAGCUAGACGACAACGAGCCCUACCACGCGCUACUCGAGCACCUGCUCGCCAAGCCCGACGGCGAGAUCCCGCACGUGCUGUCGGUCAGCUACGCCGACGAUGAGCAGAGCGUGCCGCGCCCCUACGCCGAGCGCGUGUGCGGGCUCUUCGCGCUGCUCGCGGCCCGCGGCGUGUCGGUGCUGGCCGCCACGGGCGACGGCGGCUCGCGCGGCACGGGCCAGGUGCAGCGCGGCUGCUACACCAACGACGGCGCCGCCGCCCCCCGCCGCCGCGCCGCCCUGCCCACCUUCCCGGCCUCGUGCCCCUACGUCACGGCCGUGGGCGCCACCUCCAACGAGGGCCCGCCCGUCUCGGCCGCCCAGUACAGCGCCGGCGGCUUCAGUAGAUACUUUGCCAUGCCGGCCUGGCAGGCCGCCGCUGCGGGGCCCUACGCGCGCGCCGCCGCCGAGAUGGGCGGGCCGACGCCCGACAUGUUUGACGCCGGCGGGCGCGCGACGCCCGACAUCAGCGCCGUGGGCUCGCAGUUUGUGAUCCGCCGCGCCGGCGCCGACGUCGGCGUCCAGGGCACGAGCGCGAGCACCCCCGUGCUGGCGGCCAUGGUGGCGCUCGUCAACGACGCCCGCCUCAGGGCCGGCAAGAACUCGACCGGCUGGCUGAACCCGGCGCUGUACUCGGACCGCAUGCGCGACGCCAUCGUCGACGUCACCGAGGGCCGCAGCAGGGGUUGCUGGUUCCCCGAGGGGAGCGUCGCCGGCUGGGCCGCCACGGCGGGCUGGGAUGCCGCGACGGGGCUGGGCACCCCGAACACUUUUGAGAAGCUUCUUGCUAUUCUGGGGUGA